AUGAUUAAAUUCAUCCACAGGAAUUUCUAUACUUAAAAUAAUACAACCUCAUAUUAAUUGCUGAGAUCAUAGGUUUCCGCUUACUCCAAUCUUAUAAGUGAUUCUAAAGCUUAGCAAGCUCUUUAUAAAUUCUGUUUCACGGGUGGGCCAUGUGCAGGAAAAACAACUGCUUUAACCCAUUUAUCCAAUGUGCUUGACUAAUUCGGUUUCAGAGUAUUCUGCGUCCCUGAGACAGCCACAUUGUUCGGUAAAGGAGGCGCAAUGAUAAACAUGAGUGAGUUUACCUUUGAUAUGAAAGUCAAAUUUCAAAUUCAACUCAUGAAGACACAGAUUGCUCUUGAGGACAACUUCCUAGAAUUAGCCAAGAAUGAAGGGAAGUAGGCUGUUAUCCUCUGUGACAGAGGAUUAAUGGACGGAUCUGCUUAUGUCACACCUGAGUAGUGGUAAACUGUCCUUGAUGAACAAGGGUGGUCUUUGUUCUAGCUCAGGGAUAUCAAUGAAGCUAGAUAUGAAGGAAUAGAUCAAGCAAUUGAAGUUGAUAAAAAGCUAAGAGAAGCUUAUCUUGGACAUCAUAAACACUAUAUAAUCGACAACAUUAAUACUAACUUCAAAGUCAAGAUUGACAGGUGCGUAGACGUUGUGACUAAACUGAUUGGACUACCUACUCCAAAUUCCUUUUUCAAGAAAUUUCUAAUCUAACUGCCCAAUCCAGGAGAUCUGAGUAGCCUGGGUAUUCCCAGAGAUCAGGUUUCAGAUACAUUCGAAUGCACAGAAACUAUACUUAACCCAAGCUUUAGCACCACUGUUAAUUCAGACAACGGGAUAGAAGUGUACCUAAGGAAGAGAGGAAAGAAUAACUCCUUUGUGCACAACUAUGAGGUGAGGUACACCUAGAAUAAUCAAAGAAUUCAGGAGUAGAAGAUUAUUACUGCUAGGAAGUAUCUAGACUUAAUUCAGCAGAAGGAUACAAGCAUGAAUUCAAUGAUAAAGAGGCGUACCUGUUUCAUUUAUGAAGGCCAGCCAUAUCAUGUAGAGACCAUUCUAAAUGUAGAAGGCUAGCCUUCUUUCUUAAGAGCAGAGACAACAAACGAAAAUGUGUUAAUACCUCCUUUUAUCAAAGUUAUUAAAGAUGUAACGUCAGACCCAGAAUACGGAAAUAAAAUAAUGGCAUCAAAGGCUUUGCCUAAUUUCUGA